UUUCAACUCAGAGUUUCUGCUUCUGUUUGCUGUUGCUUGCUUCUGUUGCUUGCUUCUAUUCCAUAGCAUGGCAUCGCUGCAUCCAAACAGCGUGCUGCUGCACAAGUACAGCGAAAUCCCGCCGUUCUUGCAGGGCAAUCCGCACAUCAAGGACGGCUACCGGGUCUUCCUCUCGUACCCAAUGUGCCUGCGCAGCCUGUGCGUCCUGUCGAACGAGUUUGUCAACGUGUGGUCGCACCUUGUCGGGUUCCUGCUGUUUGUCGGCCUCUUCCUGCAAGACCAGGCGUCCGUCAUUGAGACCAGCGGUGGCGAUGCGACGGAUCGCAUGGUCAUCUCAACGGGGCUCGCUUGCUUCCAGAUCUGUAUGAUAUUCUCGGCGUCGUUCCAUCUGUUUCACUGCCACUCUGAAGACGCGUGUCGGCGAUGGCUUCGAUUGGACUUGCUCGGGAUUUCGGUCGCCGUGUGCGGGUGCUACUUUACUGGAAUUUACUAUGGAUUCUACUGCCUUGAUUACUUUCGAAACAUGUACUUUGCACUGUGCUCAGUCCUCACCCUGGCAACCGUGUCGUUCCAGCUGCAUCCGAAUUUCGACACGCCUCACUGGUUUGAGCGUCGCCUGGCUCUGUACGCAGCAAUAGUCAUGUUUGGCAUUGUGCCGACCAUGCACUGGGCCAUCAUCUAUGGCGGGGAGGCUGGAGAAGUGCAGCUCUUCCUUCCCAAGGUGGUCAUCAUGUACCUGCUCUUCCUGAUUGGCGUUAUUUUCUACAUAACUCGAUUCCCCGAGCGCUCCUUCCCCGGCAUGGUUGAUAUCUUUGGGUCGAGUCACCAAUGGUGGCACGUGUUUGUGCUGGCUGCCUUGCUCUACUGGCACAAUGCUGGACUGGAGGUGUUUGCGUACCGGAAAACGAUGCCGUGCGUCCAACCUGGUGGCUGAAACAUUCUGCGGGCUCUUCCGCGCUUUUUCCGGUCUGUUAGUAGUUGUGCAUUGUUCUUCUGUGGUAUUGUGUCUCUUGGUGUCUCUUGUACU